AUGGUGAAGUGCGCAGUCAACGGAUUUGGUCGUAUCGGCCGUCUUGUCUUCCGCUAUGCAUGGGAGGACCCCACUUUGGAGAUUGUGCACGUCAACGAUCUGUGCUCCUGCGAAAGUGCUCAAUACCUCGUCAAGUAUGACUCAGUGCACGGAACUUGGGACAAGGAAGUCGAAAUGAAGGAGGACAGCUCUGGUUUCACUGUUGAUGGAAAGCUUGUCACUUUCUCUUCAGAACAGGACUUCACCAGCGUCGAUUGGGCUGCUAUGGGAGUUGAGAUGGUUAUGGAGUGCACUGGAAAGUUCUUGAAGGUCAAUAAUCUUUCCCCAUACUUUGAUAAGUGCGGUAUGAAGCAAGUCGUCGUUUCUGCUCCCGUCAAGGAAGAAGGGGCGCUCAAUGUUGUCUUGGGAUGCAACCACCAGAAGCUUAGCAAAGAAACUACCCUUGUCACCAAUGCAUCUUGCACAACCAACUGUUUGGCUCCUGUCGUCAAGGUCAUCCACGAGAAGUUCAGUAUCAAGCACGGAUGCAUCACAACAAUUCAUGAUGUUACAGGUACUCAAACUUUGGUUGAUAUGCCAAACACAAAGAAGAGCGAUCUUCGCCGUGCUCGGUCUGGUAUGGUGAACUUGUGCCCAACUUCCACAGGAUCCGCUACUGCUAUUAUCGAAAUUUAUCCCGAGCUAAAGGGUAAAUUGAACGGAUUGGCCGUUCGUGUUCCAUUGUUGAACGCCAGUAUCACUGAUUGCGUUUUCGAGGUCAACAAAACUGUUACCCGAGAAGAGGUCAACGCUGCCUUGGAAGCUGCCUCCAAGGAUGGUCCACUUAAGGGAAUUUUGGGAUACGAAACCAAGCCACUUGUCAGUACCGACUACACCAACGACACUCGCAGCUGUAUCAUUGAUGCACUCUCCACCCAGGUUAUUGAUGGCACUUUGAUCAAGAUCUACGCAUGGUAUGACAACGAAGCCGGAUACUCCAAGAGAAUGGCCGAGCUUUGCAAUAUUGUCGCUGCCCAAAACAUCAGUGGCACAGAGCCCAGCUUCAAAUACGAGUAA